CGGGGCGACGGCGGCGACUUAGCGGAGCCGCACUUCCAGUUCACACGGGGGAGCAUGACUGGAGGGAGGCGUGGAGUGGAUCGGAAGGGGCCACACGUCUGAUCGUCCCGGGCCUUACUGCCCCGUGGCCCAGCUGAUCAACAGGUGAAGACAGACACACACACACACAGAGACGGACAGACAAUGGACCGCCGCGUCAGCUUCGACUCAAACCCACAUCACAUGGAGGCAGGGCCGGAGAGCCCCUGGGACGAGGGAGUGGCACACCGAUCCUUCAGCCCGCUGAUCGAGGAUAGCGGUCCAAGGCCAAUCGGGCACGGCGAGGCCUUGGAGAUGGCGGACCUGGCGGUGGAAGAGGAGGAGGAAGAGGAGGAGGAGGAGCAGGAAGAGGAGGAAGAGGGGGGCAGAGAUAACCCGGCCUUCCUGGCAAGACAGAGUGAUGACCCAGGCAGUUCAGCCACCAGGGAGACGAACCCCCUGGUCAGGCAGCGCUGGUCCGCCGCCACCCAGCGCGUUUUGUGUUCUAUGCCCAGCAGAACUAUGGGGCGGGCCCAGGACGCCAUCAUCUCCCGCUACUGCAGCCGGUCAGAGCAGCUGCGUCUACGCAGACAGACCCAGACCUCCAUCCGAGACUCCGACCGCUCCGCCCGGCCCAGUAUCCGUGGAUACCGCAUGGAGGUGGAGCCUGAGGAGGAAGAGAACAAGAAGGAGCAACUGGUGACCAACCUGCAGAGCCUGUCGGCCGCCGACCGCAUGCGCAUGCUGAGGGCCAUGCCCGUUAGCAUGGCGGAGAAGAGCGAGCUCAGGAAGCUGGCCUGCAACUUAAAAAGUGGGCUUCCCCUCUCGCACAGAGAGGUCUCCUGCCACAGCCGCCUGAAGUACUGCACUGCCAGCGCUCUGAGCGCCUGGAGCAGCUGCCUCUCCUUCCUGCAGUCCCUGCAGCUGUGGCAGGUGGCGCUAAAGAGGGUGAGCGGGCGCUUCGGCACAGGUGUGCUCUCCUACUUCCUCUUCCUCAAGACCCUCCUCUUCUUCAACGCCUUGCUCUUCGUCAUCACCGGCUUCUUCCUGGUGAUCCCUCAGGCUGCGAACCCCCCUCGGCAUGAGGCCGGCAACGCCAGCUUCACGGGCCUGGAGCUGUUCACGGGAGGGGGCUACUUCACCCACACCGUGAUGUUUUACGGCUACUACACCAACUCCAUCACCAACACCAGCUACGGCGGUGGAGCCGCCACGCGGCACUCCACCUACAACAUAACCCUGGCCUACUUCUUCACCAUCGGGAUCGCCUUCUUCAUCACCUGCAUCAUCCUCGUCUACAGCAUGUCUAAGUCCUUUGGCCGCAGUUUCCGCAUUUACAAGUCUCAGGGGAACCUGGCCGUGAAGGUGUUCUGCGUCUGGGACUUCAAAGUGAUCAAGGUGUCAUCUGUGAAGCUGCAGUCUGAGAACAUCUGCACACAGCUAAAGGAGCUGCUGUCGGAGGUGAACUGCAGGGAGGUGGAGAAGAGCGUGACGCAGAGGCUGGCACGGCUGGCGGUUCACGCGCUGGCGUGGGCCAUAUGUCUGGGCAGCACGCUGGGGUGUGCUCUCUCCGUCUACUACUUUUCCAGUUACAUGCACAAGGACAAUCAGCAGAAAGCAUCCUCCAGAACAGUGUCGUCCCUCCAGUGGGAGGCUCGCAUGCUGGCCCUGCCCGUAAUGGUGUCCGCCAUCAACCUGCUGUUGCCCAGCUUCUUUAACAUAGUGGCCUGGAUGGAGGAGUAUGACUCCCCCAGCGUGCGCAUCCACGUCGCCAUCUUCAGGAACCUGAUGCUGAAAGUUAAUGUUCUGGGAGUGCUGUGCUACCACUGGCUGGGAAGGAUUGCUGUUGAUGGACAGAGUCUCAGUCUUGAGUGCUGGGAGAGCUUCGUGGGCCAGGAGCUCUAUCGCUUCCUGCUGAUGGACUUCAUCUUCAUGGUGCUGGACACGCUGAUCGGGGAGUUCCUCUGGAAGCUGUUUUCACAGAGAGUCCUGAGGAGGAAGAGGAAGCCGGUAUUUGAUAUCGCUCGCAAUGUGCUGGAGCUUAUCUACGGGCAAACUCUGGCCUGGCUGGGUGUGCUGUUCAUGCCGCUGCUUCCUGCUGUGCAGAUCAUCAAGCUGCUGCUGCUGUUCUACAUGAAGAAGGCCAGCCUGAUGGUGAACUGCCAGGUGGCGCGGAAACCGUGGAGAGCCAGUCAGAUGAGCACGCUCUUCAUCACCCUGCUCUGCUUCCCCUCCUUCCUGGGGGCCGCCGUGUCCGUCACCUACACCAUGUGGACGUUAAAGCCGUCCUCAAAGUGUGGCCCAUUCCGAGGCCUCCAAAGCAUGUUCCUGUCAGGCAAACACUGGAUCGAGCAGCUGCAGGAAUCCAACCCCAGCCUGGGCUGGCUCACCUGGGUGCACAUCUCCCUGGUGGAGAACCCCAUCUUCCUGUUUUCCGUCGCAGGGAUUUUCCUGAUCGUCACUUACUUCUACACCCAGGUUGUGGACGGGCAGAGGAAAAUAAUAUCCCUGUUGCAAGAGCAGAUUGAGAAUGAGGGACAGGAUAAGAAAUUCCUCAUCUGCAGGCUGCAGGAGGCCCACGAGCGGAAGCACACUGUCUCCCCUCGCAGACGCCAACUCAGGAGCAGAGAGGACUCCGGCACUGAUUGACUCAAGAACAGAUCCACUCCGGAGCUGCAAACAGAAAUUGUACUUUAGCAGGUUUUCUGGUCACCAUUCAGGCUUAUUCAGAUUCAGAAAUAAGAAGUGAUUAAAGCAUUUUGAGCAUGACCAAUACACCAGUUGUGCAUUCAAGUGACAGGUCAAAGUUACUAUCUUAAAAUUCCCCUUUGGGCUGUUUAUGAAUGAGACCAGCUUAUCUGUGUAGCACUGAAAGAGAUCUGUCUUUGAAAAAGAAAAAAAUAAAAUAAUGAAACUGCUUUGAUGUGUAACUUCCUGAGCUGAAAAACUGGAAGUCCCUUGUUGGAUGAGGAUAUGGCCCCUUCUCCAGCUGAUCCAUUUGCUAUAGCGCCCCCUCAUGGCCAGGGAGCGGAAUGGCACGAGCCCACCUGGAAACGCGUCAGAAAAAAGACCAUCGGCUGACCAGCAACGUUAUGGAUGAGGCUGCUGCUCAGCUUUGAAAGGAACCCUCUGAGGAUGUAUGGCCAAGACACUCAGGAAUUCUCUUGACUGGUGGUCACCCUGGCAACCGUCUAAACAUGCAGCCAUGCAUACUACAUCAAGUGAAAUUGAAUGUGAAUUUAAGUAGAAUGUGCAAUGGGAUUAGACAUAGAACAAUGACACAGUGAGUAUUACUGUCUCUCUCUUUUGGGGCGGUUACUGGUUAAUCUUUUUCUCACCUUUUGUACUUAUACUGAUAAUAUUUGUGUGGUUAUGAUUACCAGUAUUGUUCCGUGUAGAGUCUAUAUGAGGGAUCUUUUCAGGGUCUAACCACUAAAUGCGUCCUCUAUGUUUGUAUUGUUUAAAUUUAUUUUUGUGUCUUUUUUUAUUUGUAUUUUCUUGUGUUUUGUAAGUUCAUAUUUGUCUGUUAAAAACUGUAUCCUGUGUCCUGUAGAUAAAAGACAUUAGCAUCUAUUUUGUGCUUUUAAUGUUAUUGUUUUUUUUUAAUUUAGAACUAGCACAAUUAAUUUCUAUAUCAUAACAAAAGCACAUUUAUUGGUCUUGAAUAGUGGUCUUGGGUAGUGAUAGCACAAGCGUUGGUAGUAUGACCCCACCCUGUGUAAAACCCCACCUACAAAAAGCACAACCCAAAACUAGCUAGACAGUUAUUAAUACCAGUACCUCCAUUGUACUGGUCCAGUAAGUUGACAGGACACCAACAUGAUACACUUACUUAGUUGAGUCAAGCAGUCUCAAUUCAUAUAUUCACUGAUUGAUCUCUCAUUCACUCAUAUUCAGAUUUUUUUAUCGCCAAUAUUAAAUUUCAUUGAAAUAUAAUAAAAGACUAUGAACA